AUGCCGUUCAUUGAAGUCAACCACCACCGUCUUCACUACCAUGACUCGCAUCCCACCGGCCCCCCCCCAGGCGGACAGACCCUGCUGCUCAUCCACGGGCUGGGCUCCUCGCAGAACUACUACUUUCCUAUCCUGCCGUAUCUGACGAGCAAACACCGCUGCAUCGCGCUAGACACCUACGGCUCCGGCCGGUCCGCCUACACGGGGCUCGAAUUCGACAUGACCGCCCUCGCCGCGGACGUGGCUGCCGUGCUCUCCGUGCUGGGCGUCACGGCCGCCAUUGUCGUCGGCCACUCGAUGGGCGGACUGGCGGUUACAUAUCUGGGGUCUCUGUACGCGGAUUUGAUUAAGGGGGUGGUUGCUAUCGGGCCGACGCAUCCAUCUGAUGCGUUGGUAUCUGUUAUGACGAAGCGGGCGGAAAUAGUGGCAGAAGACGGCAUGGAAUCAAUGGCCAAUUCGAUCCCCGAAGCGGCAACAGGAUCCAAAGCCACACCGCUCCAGAAAGCGUUCAUUCGCGAACUGAUCCUCUCCCAGAAUCCAAAGGGGUAUGCGACUCUGUGCCGGUUGAUCGCCUCGGCCGCACCGGGCGAGUACGCGGCCAUCCGGGCGCCGUUCCUGCUCAUUGCGGGCGAGGAGGACAAGUCUGCCUCGCUGGCUGGAUGUGAGUAUCUGUUUGAGCGGGUGGGAAGUGCGAACAAGAAGAUGGUGGUCCUGGAGGGGGUGGGCCAUUGGCAUUGUAUUGAGGCCAACGAGGAGGUGGGUGGGUUUAUUGCUGAUUUUGUUGAUAAUUUAGCCUGA